AUGGUGUCUGGUGCGCGGAGAACAGCUUGCGGUACGGCAGCCUGGCGUGGCGCUGCGGGUGACACUGGCGUUGAGGUCGGCGUCAUCGGUACCCCAGCACGUUGCAAACAGUUCGCGUGCACGCAAGCUGUCGCUGAAUUGAGCCUGCAGCCAGCGUUGAUCAGCAGACAGGCGCAAGUGACUCGAGCGUUUGCUCUAGGCUGGGCGCUCUGUGCUACUGGUCGCCCGUUGCCACGAACUCGACUCGCUAUCUGCUGCAGUGCAGGGCGUUUGGGUCGGCGUGUACGCGCAGCGCACGUCCUCGCUCAACCAGGGACUUGGGUGCUCGCUCAGCGGUCGGUGACGUUGCCAGCUGACGCAGGUGAUGCGGUGCGCGUGUCCGGCUUCUGGCAAACGGUACCCACACAAGUCCGUAAGUGCGCAGCUAGGCAUCGUCAUGUUGUACGACGACGGCUCGAGUGCGCCUGGGUACAGCAUCGAGCCGCUAUCCAGGUGGAUGCACCCCGGGAGCUCGUGUUUGCUCACUAUCGUGACCUCGACGCGAUGCCGCGUUGGUCGCCCUGGCUUCGCUCUGUGCGAGUCGAUGCUCGAGACCCGCAGUUGACGCACUGGACGCUUGCAGCGAAGGGACUGGAGUUCACCUGGCAAGCUCGUAUGGUUCGUGUCGAGCCGCCAACAGAGAUUGCCUGGGAAUCCGUGCGAGGCCUCCGUAAUCGUGGACGUGUAGCGUUUCGGGAGCACACGAACAAGUCGUCGCCGUCGUCGUCAUCAUCAUCAUCGUUAUCAUCAUCGUCUGUUCCGAGUACGAUGCUGGAAAUUGAGCUGGCGUUUGAGUUGCCAGCAUGGGUAGCGCUCUGGCUCAAGAGUGCGCCCUUGUUGCAGGGUUUCGUCGAACGUACGCUGCUUGCAGAUUUGGAAAGGUUUCGUGCGUACGUGCAUGAACAGGUAGCACAGGAACGUCGCCUGGAAGCUUCCUGA